AUGGCCGACAGCGUCCUCCUCAUAAGCAACUCGGAUUCUGAGGGCAGCCGCUCGCCACCGCCGCCUCUCCGGCGUCGCUGUCGCCGCCCGCCGCUGCGGCGGCGCGCGCUGCCGCCCCCUGCGGAGAUCAUCGAUCUGACCUGCGAGGACACGAGCACAGACCCAGCACCGUGGAGCAGCUUCACCAUCAUUGACCUGACAGAGGACACAUGCAGCCCUCCCCACACCACCAGCUGGACUGACCAGGACCGGGGGCAGGUGCCUGCUGCCCCAGCAGCACACACAUCCCAUCCCCAGGUCUGCUCCACCACAAAGCAAGAAACGGAUUCAAUGGCAGGGCCAAGCCCUGCAGCACCCUGGCACGGUGCUCCCGCGGAGCCCAGUGCCUCCACAGACACAGCAGAAAGUGCAGAGAACUGCAGCUGCUUCUCUCCUGCCUCCAGCUGCCAUGGCUCCUCCUGCAGCCCAGAGCAGAACUGCAGCACUACCACUUUUAACAGUGACUUGGGCUCCCUGGCCAGCAUGCAGCUGGACUCAGACCUGCUGUCCCUGUCCCCUUCCAGCCUGGACAGCAGCAGCAGCUGGAGAGCCAGUGGCCCAGAGGAAGAGACUCCCCACCUCUGCCAGCAAAGGGAGCUCCCCCCGAGGCAGAGCUCUGCCCCAGCCAUCCCCACAACCCCAGGGAAGGCCCGAGGGCCUUUGCUGGAAGCAGGCAACGUACCGCCACACAAAGCAGUCCAGCAAGUGAACCCAACCAGGACCAAGGCUGACAGCAAGGCCUGGCUGAAUAAACUGCACUAUUUCAGGAGAAGCGGAGUUCAGCACCUCUUCCUCCAAGGCGUAGCACCCAACAGGGAAACACAGCAGCAGAAACCUGAGCUUAUUCCCAGCGGGAAGCUGAGCAUGGUGCGCACCACCAUGGAGGAGAACUUCCAAGAGGGCACCUUGCAUUUCCUGAGCGAGUUCGUCUCCCGCCAGCACUAUCCCCCCAGAGAAAUCAUCUCCCACCUGAUCAGACAGAUCCUGUUGAAUCCCCAGCAAGGGGAGAUCCUGAAGGACACCUACAUGCUGCUGAUGAAGAUCCAAAUGCUCCAUCCAGCCAACACCGCCACAGUGGGAUGGGACUGGACGCUGCUGAAAUACAUCAUGGAGGACCAGGAGAAGCCCCCUGGCCGGCUCCUCUUCCUGCAGUACGUGGUGCAGACCCUGGAGGAUGACUUCCAGCAGAACCUGAGGUUGCGCCUGCUGCAGAAGUCGAUUGCCAAGAAAGUGCUUUCGUGUGACACGUGCUUCAACAAUGUCAAGGAAGUGGUCGAAUGGUUGGUCGCAGCAGUUACAGGAGUUGGGUUCUGCCAGCCCCAGGAGCAGCCGCAAGAAACUACAUCCUCUUCAGCAGAAGCAAGGGCUGAACACAGUUCAUCUGCACUACAGCUGGCCAGCACUGACCAGGCAGAGGUGGCUCCACCAGCUUGCUUUGCCCAGAAGGUGGUGCUCCUGCUCCAGCGGAUGUUGUCCAUCGCAGUGGAAGUGGACAAAUCUCCCAACUGCAGCUCCUGUAAGAUCGCAGAUGUGAUAUUCCCAUUUAUACUGAAUAUUCCCCUGAGGAGCCAAAGGGAAGCUUUCUUAAACACCAUGGAGAGCCAGCUCCUGCGCUGCAAACUGCUAGAGCUGUUGUUCCAACACAGUUGCGACAUGCCCACAACCUUGCCCUUGUCUCUGGCCAAGAUCCUGUAUUUCCUGAAUCACUCCUCUGUGCUGCUGCAAUACCAGGAUGAAACACCAACAUGGCAAAGAUGGGAUGAGAUGCUGCAGUACUUGAGUUUGCUGCUGAUGAGUUACCAAAAUGUAAUACUGGACCACUUGCGGAGCUCACUCAUUGACCGGAUGGACUUGAUCAUUCAGAAAGCCAAGCCCAAGCUCCAGGACAGUGAUGACAUCAGCCAUGUGGACAUUCAACUUACGGUAGAGGACUUCAUCAGCCGAAUGCAGGAGAUCCUGGGGCAGCCUUUUCCCCUGCAGAUCAUGGAGAAAUUGUCCAUACUUCAGGAGUUGUUCCUCAUUAUCACUGCUACCUGAUGGAGACAACCACUGCAGCAGGGGGGACAAAGAGCUUCAUGUUUCCUCUAUAAAACCCCACCAAAACCCCCAUCUCAUGCUGCAGUCUCAAGUGUCAUACAUCAUGGGGGUUUGUUUACACAUUUCUUUGGAAAAAUGACUGGUUCACAUGGUUUCAGAAUUUCCUUUCAAACUUGACUCAUCCUACAGUUUUACAAGGCACUUUGUACACUUCUGAAAAAUAAAUUAUUUUCAUAUUU